AUGGAGCCAACAAACGGCAUCUGGAAAGCCGUCUUGAUUACAAUAUACACAGUGGUGUUUAUUGGAGGGGUGUGUGGAGCCAUCAAAAUAUCAUUUCUUCUAGUGAAAAUGAAUACUUUAUCAGUGACCACAACAGCCGUCAUAAAUCUGGUGGUGAUUCACAGCCUUUUCCUUGUGACUGUGCCGUUUCGACUGUACUACUACAUCAUGGACAAGUGGGUCUUUGGACAAUCCUUUUGUAAAAUUGCAAGUGCAAUGGUACACAUCCAUAUGUACCUCACCUUUCUAUUCUACCUGUUUAUUUUGGUGAGCAGGUGCCUUAUUUUCUUCAAGUGGAAAGAUAAGUUGGAGUUCUAUAGGAACUUGCAUGCUAUGGCAAGCAGCGCGGCUAUAUGGAUUCUGGCUUUUGUGAUUGCUCUGCCACUCAUCCUCCAUUGCUACAGCAAAACAGGGCAUUAUGACAAUGCCACCUGUUUUAGAUUUCACCAGGAGCUAAAGAACAACUCAGUGAAAGGACUGAACUAUGCUGUCAUUGCUGCCGUGAUCGUAAUAACUUGUGCCCUUUUGGGCUUGCAAGUGUCCAUCAUUCUGAAAAUGGUAAAAAGGCUAUCAGGAUCCAUUUGUUCACAUCAAGAGUUCCGGGCACAGCUAAAAAGUCUGAUUUUUGUAUGGUUCAUAAUUCUUUGUUUCCUUCCUCAUCACUUUUUCCGGAUUUAUUACAUCCAGCAAUUUGAGGCUGGUUCUCAGUUGGAGAUAUACAAUGAAUUUUGUUUGAGUACCACUGCAGUCAGCUGCCUCGAUUUGUUGUCCUUUGUGUUAAGUGGAAGCCAGCUCUGGAGGCAAAAUAGCAUUGUCUUUUCAUGCUGCUAA